AUGCCAAAAAAGACAUGCAGCUCACAUAACGAUUGUAACGAUCACGGCGAUUGCAUAUCUGAUAAAUGCAGCUGUGAUUUGGGAUGAUUUGGGGACAAAUGCAACAAGAAUGGAAUUGAUGAGUGAGGCGAAGAAACCUGAAAGACGCUAGUAAUUGUAUUUUCUAUUAUGUUUUUCCUUCUCUUUACGCUAGCUUUAACCAAACUCUAUAAGACUAUUAACAGCGACAAGCAUUGAGGAAUCAACCGGACUUUUGUUAGAUUAUUCAGAAGCCCAAAGCACUUAAGUUUAUUUUACAUAAGCCUAGUUGGAGCCUUAAGAGGGAUUUGAAUCUCUUAUGACCCUUAUAGCCUAAACAAUAAAAUGCCUCGAGUUGGAGACCGUUUGCUUUGUGAGAUGGUGUAUCCAUUACUUUAUGGAGUAUAUACAUGUGUUUUAUUAGUAUGAGGCGGCUUAUAUCAAGGAAUAGCAUCUAAAAAAACGGAUCCUUUUAGAAUUUUAAGAAGAGUUCUGUUAUGGAUUAUGAUUAUCUCCUUCCCUGGAAUAGCCACACUGAGUAUUCUUAAAGGAAUGAGAUAUUCUAACACUACUGCUUUUAUCCUUGGGUCUGUCUGUGUAGGAUUGGGAAUUGUAAUUCUUGUUUUUGGGUUUAUAUUAUUUACAGUAUUACUUUUCUGCUACAUAGACAAUAAUUCUAAAAAGAAUGAUCUCGAAGAAGGCAAGCUUUAUAGUGCUACCUUAAGUGAGGCCCAGCCAAUGCUGACGACAGAGAAACAAGAUGAUAUCCCUUUAACUCCAAAUUUAUUCAGAAGGGCAUCACAAAUUUUUAUGUUUAACGAAUCUGUAAAUAAAAAUCAAGAAGAAGUGUUAGCUGAUAGGUCAGAUGACGAAUGAGAUCGAAAUAUUUAUCAAAAAAAGCAAUCAAGGACUUGGUACAGCUUUCAAAGUGAGGACUUAUUUGAAGACAGUGGAAAAUUUGUGAGAACUAAUACUAAAUACGAGAGCUUUUCCAUAAGAUAUCCAUCAAAACAUGGGCAAGUAAGUCACUAUAUUCUUAACCUCACUAAAGAAGACGGUGUGGUAUUCAGAAAGAUCGUUAUCUUAUCAACUCUUUCAGCCAUUUUAGGAAUAAGUGUUCUACUCCUUUACAUUUCGUUUACAAUGAGUAACUGAGGAGACAAACCUCAUGGUACCCUAACCGCUAUUUAUGUUUCGUUUUCGCUAGAAUUAUUUUCUUGCGUGAUUAUCUAUAUUGUAUUUACAACUCAAAUAAAAGUUGAGGCUAAAGAAAGACUUAAGUUUGUUACAAGAAUUUGUAUUGAUAAAUCUGAUAAAGAAGCAAUUAUAUCGUACCCUAAAAAUUUGGCUCAUAUUGGAGACAAAUUAUAUUACUAUUUUUAA